AUGGAUCUGUCCACCGAUGCAAACGAGCCUGGGCGCGAGACGCAGAAAACGGACUCGGCCGCAGACUCGACCUUUCCGCGGAAUGACAUUGUCGAUAAGACAUCCUCGCAAAGCAACCACACCCUGACAGAAGGCGAUGAGACGUCACGUGCGCCCAGCAACAGCAAAGAGGAGGUCGCAUCUGGGAAUGCAUCUGGGAAUGCAUCUGGCAAUGCAUCUGGCAAUGCAUCUGGCAAUGCAUCUGGCAAUGCAUCUGGCAAUGCAUCCAAGGAAGAGGUCGAUAAAGAUGUCGCCGCCAACGCACCUGCCGCGCCCGCAGCGCAAGACGGGGCGCAACCGCAACGGAGUAAAGCGAAGAUUAGCCUGAUCAUGUUUUCGCUCGCCAUCGCCGUGCUUCUUGUCGCGCUUGACAUUACGAUUGUUACCACCGCCCUACCUACCAUCGCCGAGGAGUUCAACUCUGCAUCUGGAUACACCUGGGUCGGUUCAGCAUAUCUGAUCGCCAACUCAGCCGCAACUCCGAUUUGGGGCAAGGUGUCAGACAUAUUCGGUCGCAAACCAUGUCUGUUGAUCACAAACGCCAUUUUCUUCGUUGGCUCCUUGCUCGCGGCGUUGUCGGUCAACAUGAACAUGUUGAUUGGUGCUCGUGUGAUCCAGGGCAUGGGUGGUGGCGGCCUGAUCGUGCUGGUCAACAUUGCCAUCUCUGACCUGUUCGCUAUGCGCGACCGAGGUGCGUACUUUGGUAUCAUUGGAGGUGUAUGGGCGCUUGCAAGCAGUCUGGGACCUAUUGUUGGAGGUCUGUUCACACAAAAGGUCAACUGGAGGUGGUGUUUCUGGAUCAACCUACCUUUCGAUGGUCUCGCCUUCAUCAUCCUGAUCUUCUUCCUCGACAUCCAAACCCCAAAGACACCCCUGCGCAAGGGACUGAGGGCCGUUGACUGGCUUGGUUCCUUGACUAUGGUCGCAGGAACCAUCAUGGUUCUCCUCGGUCUCGAGUACGGCGGCAUCGCGCAUCCUUGGGACUCGGCAAUCGUGCUGUGCUUGAUCAUCUUCGGUGCGGUCACCAUUGGCCUGUUCUUCGUAGUCGAAUCGCGACUUGCGCCCUAUCCGCUGAUGCCCCUGAGCAUCUUUUCGAAACGAUCCAACGUCGCCGCUCUCGGUACCUGCUUCUGCCACGCUUUCGUCUUCAUUCCGAGCAACUACUUCUUGCCUCUAUACUUCCAGGCUGUGCUCGGUGCUACACCCAUCCUUUCUGGUGUCUACUUGCUUCCGACUGCGAUCGCUCUGUCCAUCUUUUCGAUCAUGACGGGAAUCACAAUCAGGAAGACUGGUCAAUACCGACCCAUCAUCUGGUUCGGCAUGUUCAUGAUGACCCUCGGUACUGGUCUCUUCAUCGACCUUGGGGCCCACUCCGGAUGGGCAAAGAUCAUCAUCUUUCAGGUUAUUGCAGGUAUUGGUGUUGGCCCCAACUUCCAGGCUCCUCUUAUCGCCAUGCAGAGUCUUGUCCCUAAACGCGACAUUGCAACGGCAACGGCAACGUUCGGUUUCACACGUAACCUUGGAUCUGCCAUCUCCGUCGUGGUUGGUUCCGUCAUCUUCCAGAACGAAAUGAAGGCACAACAGGGUUCCCUUCGCGCCUCGCUUGGCGAGCAAACUGCAUCAUCAUUCGGUGGCGGUUCGGCGGGCGCGAACGUUGGUCUGAUCAACUCACUUCCCGAAGCCCAGAGAGUCAUCGCCAGGGAAGCGUUCGCGCACAGUCUGAGCAGGAUGUGGAUCCUGUACGCUGUAUUUGGCGCACUAGGAUUGCUUAUCUCACUGUUGAUUGGAGCAAACGUGUUGGACAAGCAUCACGAAGAGACCAAGACUGGGCUGGACGUCGAGAAGGAGAGAAGAGCGGAGAGGAUAGCGGAGAAGGAAGCGAAGAGGUUAAAGAGGGCCAGCAAAGGGCAGAGCAAGGCGAGUCUGCCGCUCGAUGCCGAGAAGGGCGAGGCGCCGCCAGUGACAGAGGGUGAGAAGGAGGUCAAGGCUUGA